AUGUAUGUGAAAUGGUUUGAUACAGUAAUGUUUUACUAUGUGAUUUAAGUGAAUUUAGUGAAUGUCACUUUUACAACUUUCAAAUUUCCCGCCAGUUCCGUCCCCGUACGUCCCGACAUCGCAUGAAACGGAACCCGGAAGACAGAUGCCGGCAUCCACCGGAGGACAUGGCCAGGGACACUGCAGGAGGGACAUCGUGGGAGCGCAGGACAAGGUAAGUGAAGAAGAGAUCCCGGAGCAACGGUGCAGGGUAUUCCCGAGUGUAGCUCGGGGUUACCGCUUGUGCUACACUCGGGAAUACCUCCAGGGAGGU